CUAAGAUGGCCACGCUGCUCCGCAAGAUCGGGCUCAUCCGCCUGCACCGGGACACCGGCGACCCCAAGCACCACCGCGGCGGCGGCGGCGGCCAGCAGAGCGCGUCGCUGCGCGGCAAAGGCGGCGCCAAGAGCGGCCACAAGCAAGCGCCGCCGCAGCCCGGGGGCGCGGGCGACGCCAGCCCGGGGCCCGGCAAGGGCCGGCGCGCGGCGGAGCCGGCCCCGCGCGACAAGGCUGCGCCUCCGGCCGCGGGGGCGGCGGGCGCGGCGGGCGCGGCGGGCGCCGGGGGCCCCCGGGAGCGGGCGGCGGGCGCCAGGGCGGGGCCGGGGCCCGCGGCGGCGGCGGCGGCAGCGGCGGCGGCGGGCGGCUGCCCGGUGCCCGCGGCCCGCCAGCAGCACUGCACGCAGGUGCGCAGCCGGCGGCUCAUGAAGGAGCUGCAGGACAUCGCGCGCCUGAGCGACCGCUUCAUCUCGGUGGAGCUGGUGGACGAGAGCCUCUUCGACUGGAACGUGAAGCUGCACCAGGUGGACAAGGACUCGGUGCUGUGGCAGGACAUGAAGGAGACCAACACCGAGUUCAUCCUGCUCAACCUCACCUUCCCCGACAACUUCCCCUUCUCGCCGCCCUUCAUGCGGGUGCUCAGCCCGCGCCUGGAGAACGGCUACGUGCUGGACGGCGGCGCCAUCUGCAUGGAGCUGCUCACGCCGCGCGGCUGGUCCAGCGCCUACACCGUGGAGGCCGUCAUGCGCCAGUUCGCCGCCAGCUUGGUCAAGGGCCAGGGACGGAUCUGCAGAAAAGCCGGCAAGUCAAAAAAAUCCUUCAGUCGCAAGGAAGCCGAAGCUACCUUUAAGAGUUUGGUGAAGACUCACGAAAAAUACGGCUGGGUCACCCCGCCCGUGUCCGAUGGCUGAGGAGCCCCCAGCCUGCCGGCGAGCCGCCCGUCCACACAUCCACACCCAGCCACCUCCUCCAUGCCGCUCACCCUCCAUCCUUUUCUACUCCAGCCAGAACUGCGUCCUGAAUGCAAAGGACACCUUUAAGUUAUUUAUGAACCGAUGUGUUUACAGAGAGAACGAGGACGCACGCGCGGUCCGGGUCCGGAUUGGAUUUCCAUGCUAGGUGAUCGAUCAUCUCUAGAACAGGUGUGGCCAGGGUGCGGUUCCCAGCCGCCCACCCUCCACCCACCCUGCCCCGUUGCCCUUCGCUUCUCUCCACGACAGCAGCUCCAGCGAGUCGGCGGGAAUCUCACAACCCCUGCUUGCUCCAUCGCCGUGCCCUGGCGCCGUCCAGAUCUCCUGAGAGCGCUGUGCAUCCUGGGCACCGCUGGUCCCCAUGUGCUGUGCUCGGUGUCUGUUUCUCUUCCUGGCAGGUCAAUGUCACUUGAAGACAUGUCUUUCUUCCCGUGGCCUGGGGUCUGCUAGGAUGACAUUUAGACUUCAGUUGUGCUCUGCACUUUGGCUCAUGAAAACACAGAUCUAACAUUGCCAGAUCCUAGCGAUUUCAAAUUGACAACUGCCCGCUCGGUCAAACCGUGCUCUCUCGUGCUGAUUUUGUGGUGUGCUGCUGUUCUCAGCUAACUCAGUGCCAUUCGAUGAGAUUCAGGGGGUGCAGAGGCCCCAGGGGUGUGGGGGGGACAGGAUGUCCCCACGGGAUCAGAGGAGAAAAAACUUCAGAGAGUAGGAAAUGAUCCCACGAUGGCGCAUUUGUGUCCCUGCCUUCUCUCAACCAUCCAAAGCAAAAGACAAUUUCCCAUUCACUGCGGUCAUCUGACUCAUCACCUGUGCUUAGUGACAGGGAACACCAGAACUGCCAAGGACACCAAGUGACCCUACGAGGAUUUGCAUGACCGGGUCUGUUUCUUCACCCAGUAGUCUCUUGUGUGCCCCGAGGUCGAGAUAUGAGCACCCUCACUGUGUACAAUUCCUGUUAUUUAAUCUCUCCACUGUGUCAUUUUUCUCUUCUGUUAAGUUACCUAGACCUUUCUGAGAAACUCCAUGAAAUGAGGAAAUGCUGUUUAUAAUAACAUACAGAAAGAGGUAAAAUGUUCAUUCCAAGUGGGAAAAAAAUCUUAUUGGACACAUUUUAAAUAAAAUCAUGCAUACCUGA